AUGUGCCACUUUCAGGUCUCCUCACACUGCUGGUGGGUUCCAUUUUGUCAUAGGGUGCUGGCAGAUUACGGGCCUCCCAUUGCUGCUGCCAGGCCCGUAAUCUGUCAUGGGCCCCUGUACCGCCUCCUCAUGCUGCUGCCAGGCCCGUAAUCUGCCAUGGGCCCCCGUACCGACUCCUCAUGCUGCUGCCAGGCCCGUAAUCUGUCAUGGGCCCCUGUACCGCCUCCUCUUGCUGCUGCCAGGUCCAGAGUGUGUCAUGGGUCCCUGUACGGCCUCCCAUUGCUGCUGUCUCCAUCGCCACACUCUGCCAUGUGCCACUUUCAGGUCUCCUCACACUGCUGGUGGGUUCCAUUUUGUCAUAGGGUGCUGUAUGGCCUCCCAUUGCUGCUGCCUCCACCGCCACACUGUGGCUCCACACUCUGGUUUUGGCCCCGUGACUGCCCAAAUGAGUGAAGUGUGCGGUGAUUCUAAGAUCGACGGCACUCAUCUGCAUGUCAUACUGACUGACCGUAUUAUUUCUCUCCCCCAGCAGACUCCAAGGGCAUUUAAAUUAAAGGUACAGUGUUCUGCACACUAAUAAA